AUGGAAUUCCCCAAUCCGGCAAACGCCCCCAUCCUCCGCAUCCCACCCGAACUCCGCCUCCAAAUCUACGACCUCGCGACCGCCACCCACUGGGACACCUACCCACGAAUCUACUCCGGCUUCGUCGACGGUCUUCCAGAACCGCCUUUCCUCCGCGUCUGCCGAACUUUCCGCGUCGAAGGCCCCAAACCGUAUUUCGGCUUUCUUAAAGACAAGGAAGCGGGCUUGUUGAAGUCGACGAUGCGGAUGCAGGGGAGGGAGUUUGAUUUGAGGGAGUUGGCGAAGGGCUUUGAUGGGGGAGGGGAGGAGAUUGGGUGGUUGGUUAUGAAUCGGCUUUGGAUUGAGCGGGAUUUGUUGCCGGAUGUGCAGAAGGAGUUGAAGAGGUUGAGGCAGUUUGGGCUUGGGGCAGAAGGAGCUGACUGUUCAGAUGCAAUUCGACCGAGCGUCGAGACCGCCUGA